GGGAGAUCCUAAUCGGACGUACUUGUCACGUGAUAUACCCACCGCCCCACAUUGUGUCAACUAGGUCAUACCGACCACCAAUUUACCAAUACUAUCAUCAAACUGAGAUACCCUACAGCACCGCUCCAGAGAAGCCGUGGCAGUAGCAGCGCGGUGCCUCAGUUUCUCACGCUGUGUGGAGGUGUUUGGGUGGCUUACCCGGAACGGAAUAGUCUUCACAAAAUGCCUUGAUCAGCUCAAGAGGAAAGAACGAUGACUUACACAUAUUCAAGCAGAUCAAAGGCUCUCAGCACUGACAGUGCUUGACUACCCUGGAAAGAUAGAAUAAUAAUGCCCCCUCCACCGCCGCCGCAAUCCGCCACGAGACCUGACUCAAAUACUACAUCUCGCACAAUGAUUUCGGAACCAUCACCAUCCAGAACUCAAUCUUCGGUCCGAUCGUCGCAGAGUUCUAGUACGUUUUCACCAAGCAUCAAAUUACGAGUAAAGCAAAUGGACGGAGAUAGAUGCUGGGCAUGCCAUUCAGAGUCACCUCAAAUUUGCCACGUCUUUGCGCAGGAAGAUCGACAGGCUCCACUCUGGGAAGAACUUGGCCUGAUAGACUUUGCGAUAAACUCUGAUACUAACGCGAUCCCUCUUUGCCCAACAUGCCAUAAUCAGUUUGACUGCGCCCUUGACCCUGGGUUUAUCUUUAUACCCACAGACCUCCCGUACUUCAUCGAAUUUGAGCUUAAAGAUAGGCAGCGCAGAAAAAUACAGGCUGAUAGUGGAGUUAUUUCAAAGCGAGCUGUGCCUACUCCUGAAAUGUACAAGCGCUAUCAAAUCGACAAAGGCAUAAUUGCUCUUGAUGCUAUUGGCGGACAAUAUCUUCCUUUCUUUCUCAAGCACUACCUUCUCCCGGAUCUCCCAUUUGAUGUUUCGCAGUAUUAUUCAAAGCCCAAAGAGUGGCAUGGAGCCCCCUUAGCAAGUAUACGCAGAUGUCUUCUUGUUCUAGGAAGUGCUCGUCUGAGAAGUCUUCCCGUACAGACACGCCUGGAACUAGAGAAGCUGCGGAAUCUAUACUUUCUGGAUAACGAGGGAGAUUCACCGCCCUUAGACAACAACUUUCUUGAUGCAGUGACACAAACACCAUCUGAUAAUAAAAGAAAGAAGCGAAAGCUUGAUAACACCACACCAGAUAAGCCUCCAUCACCAAAGAAGCAGCAAGACGCUCAACAAGGGGAGGAUGGACACAGUUAUAACAAAGGCGCAACUACAUUUUGUCCAAUCCUCCAGAAAGAGGUACCUGCUUACUGGAGCUUAGGGCCAGAUGUUUCUACAGAGGAGGCUGUUUGUCGUUUUGCUCCUGUACUUGCUCAAUCACCUGAAUCCGUGCUCUGACAUUUCAAAUUGAACGUGAAGAGAAAAAGAAGGAUUUCAGAUGUAAGAUGUGAGGUUUCUAAGUCUCAAAAUAUCCCAGCGCUUGAGGCCAAGGUUAGCCACGGGAGCGACACUCUAAACAUACAGGACCGCAUUCGCGGUCACAAUAUGGUGGUGGCCUGCCUAUCACUUGAUAUCUUUCUUAGUUGCGAGAAUAAGCGCG